AUGACAAGACGCUCUUCUGGCUCGACCGACGACGGUGAUGAAUCCUCCCCCAUCGACCCCGAUGUCCUCGCUGGCGAGGCCGACAACCGCCCCUCGGGCCUUAAGUCUCGUCCUCUCUCGACCCGAGCAGCUCGUCGGCCUAGCAAUCUCGAUUGGAACCACGCUGUAUCCUCCAAUGGCAAUGGUCACACUUCCGCAAAGCCUGUGACGCCCUCGUCUCCCCCUCUCUCGCAGUCUUCGCCAACCCUGCCAGCGACCUCUUCCGGCAUGGGCCAUCCCGCUCGCCACCGAAGCCAUGCCCGCCGCUUCGGCGUUGGUACUUGGUCGAUAUCCAUAUUCGCGCUGGUCACCGCCGCGCUGGGUCUGUUUUUGCUCGGUGGUAUCCUUCAUUCCUUGAUGAUGGGGACGAGCCAGCAAGACGCCAAGGGUUGCCGCAUGUCAUAUAUGCGGCCGUCAUAUAUUCACUAUCGCGAGUUCGAUACUGAGCACACUCGUUUCGCCACCAAAUACUCUCUUCACCUCUAUCGUGAACAGGGACUUGACGAUGAGGUCAAGCUUCGCGGCGUCCCAGUCCUGUUUAUCCCUGGCAAUGCUGGCAGCUACAAGCAAGUCCGACCGAUCGCCGCCGAGGCAGCCAGCUACUUUUAUGAACGUCUUCAACACGAUGGCAGCUCCCUCAAUGCCGGCAUACGCAACCUUGACUUCUUCACCGUGGACUUCAACGAAGAUAUCACAGCCUUUCAUGGCCAAACCUUGCUGGACCAAGCCGAAUACUUAAAUGAAGCUAUCCGCUAUAUUCUCUCCUUAUAUUCUGACCCCAGCAAAGUUCUCCGCGACCCGGACUUGCCCGAUCCAACUUCUGUCAUCAUCAUUGGUCACUCUAUGGGCGGUGUUGUUGCUCGCGCAAUGCUCGUGCAGUCGAACUACCAAGCCAACUCAAUCAACACCAUUAUCACAAUGUCUGCGCCGCAUGCUCGCCCACCAGUUACUUUUGAUGGCCAAAUCGUUCAAAUUUACGACGAGAUCAACGAGUAUUGGAGGAGAGCAUAUACUCAAAAAUGGGCCAGCAGCAACCCGCUCUGGCAUGUCACUUUGAUUUCGAUUGCUGGCGGAAGCCUUGAUACCGUGGUGCCUUCUGAUUACGCUGACAUUGACUCGCUUGUGCCUGAGACACAUGGCUUCACUGUAUACACUACUGGUGUACCAACAGUGUGGACGAGUGCUGACCAUCAAGCCAUCAUGUGGUGCGAUCAAUUCCGCAAAGUCGUCAGCCAGGCUUUAUUCGAUGUUGUUGAUGUCCACCGGGCGAGCCAGACCAAGCCUCGAGCUGACCGCAUGACUACUUUCAGGAAGCGAUUCUUGAGCGGACUCGAGCCCAACGCACAAAGGACAAUUAGCAAUGGUCACGCUACUACCCUUCUCAUGAUUGAUGAGAACAUGAAGCAUCUUGUGCCGACAGACCAGCGCCUAGUUCUGAGGCAGCUCGGCACUGAGUCGCCCCCACGAGUGCACCUGCUGCCUGUUCCACCGGCAGCUGACCCAGUCAGCAAGCGAUUCUCACUCAUAUCUAAUAGCCCGCUCAGUGAUGUGGCAGGAUCUAGUCCCCUCGAGGUACUCUUUUGUACCGUAUUAACAUCACCCGCCGCCAGUAUUCCUUUCGUCGCGACAAUGGACUUCACGCAAAGCACCAAAGUUGGAAUGAAGCUGUCAUGCAAAAACGCAGCGGGUGAUGUGGCCGUCCUACCUGCUUCGACCAGGCACACCGCUAACCCCUUCUACCGCGACGGCGAACCGGAGCUCGUGCCCUUCUCCCACUUGAGAUAUGAUGCCCAGCAUUUUUCAGAAUAUCACUUCGUCGCCAUCAUCGACCAAGCAGACUCACCCCUCGACAACUUCGUCAUUGCUGAGUUCCGUGACGCGCUAGACUUUGACCAAGAACACAACAUCGCGCUUGGUAAACUGCUUACCCUUGGUCUUUCCUUCACUCUUCCAGCGACGCGACCCACCGUCGUUGAAGCAAAGAUUCCUGCCAUUGAAUCCAGUCUUUUAGCGUAUAGACUGCAAGUGGAUCGUGGAGCUUGCGAGCAGAAUGGUGCCCUAUUUGCGCCAAUGCUGCGCCAGUCUUUACAGAGCCCAUAUGAGUCGCGGUACUUCGUCAACAUAUCGCAGGCCGGCAUCAGUCUGCACGGCGUGGCGCCUUACAUGCCUCCGACUAUGGCUCACAGGGCCACCAAGGGUGUCGGCCUCGAGUUUUUCUCAGACCCGACGUGUAAAGCUCCUAUCAAGGUUACCGUCACUUUCGACGCCCUGGGGAGUUUGGGCAAACUGUACAUGCGCUAUCGCACAGUCUUUGCAGCGUUCCCGCUCCUCAUUGUUACCCUGGUGCUUCGGAAGCAAUUCCGUGUCUAUGACGAGACCGGUGUCUUCAUCUCAUUCUCAGAGAGUCUGGACCUAUCGCUUCGCCAAUCAAUUCCGCUGCUGCUUCUCUCCUUGACACUCCUGGCAACUUCUAUCGGCGUCGCGCCGCAGAUCGAUACCAGCAGGCGCGGCUGCUCGUUAUUGGACACGAUAUCAGCUAUUGACUUCCACCGCAACGAUCUCUUGAUCGGUACCGAUGAUCCAUUCUUCACCUUCAUGGUGCCACUGAUUGGUAUUGUUUGUAUCGGGGUCUGCACAGCGUUGCACUAUAUCAUCUUGCUUCUCACGCAGUUGUUUAGUUUUGUGUUUAUCCUAUUUCGGCCCCGUGGAAGCACCGACGCUGCUAACGGCAGCGCCGGCGUUGCUUCUCCCAUCUUUGCACCAUCGACCCCCCGACGACGCAUGAUUUCAACGGCAAUUCUCCUGUUAUUGGUGUCAACCUUUAUCCCCUAUCAGUUUGCCUAUCUGGUUGCUUGUCUGGUGCAACUUUUCACGUCUGUCAGAGCUCGCCGCAUCGGCACUGUUACCCCAUCCACAUCGAAUGUCAACUACUAUCACUAUACACAUUCGAUUCUGCUGUUGAUGAUGUGGGUUCUGCCUAUUAACCUACCCAUUUUGGCCGUAUGGGUGCGGAAUCUGGCAGUACACUGGCUUACGCCAUUUUCUUCGCACCAUAACGUGGUUUCCAUCACGCCCUUCAUCCUCUUAGUCGAGAACAUGACGACUGGUCGCAUGGUGCCUCAAAUAUCAAGCUGGUUGCGGCAUGUCACAAGCAUUCUCUUGUUCGCUACUGCGCUGUGUGCCGCCAUAUACGGUGUUUCUCACGCUUACUUGUUGCAUUAUCUUGUCAACAUUAUCGCGGCCUGGCUUGUGAUUCUGCACGCCACUUCUACAUCGUGGGCCAGCAUCGGUGCCAUGUUUGAGGGGAAUGCCGAUAAAAAUAAGGAGUGCGAAAUCGCUUACCUGCGUCGCGCUCCUAUCUGCAUCCUCCUCCCGUCUUUGCACUUAUCCGCCGCCGCCACUAUCAUCGCCGCCACUGGUAUCGCUACUGCCACCAUCAUCGCCAUUGUUACCGCCAUUGAUUCUUUGAUUUUCACUUGCGUUUCUCGUUUCCGUAAAACGAGCGGCAUGUACUGA